AUGUCAAGCUUGUGUCGUGCGCAGGCCGAGCCGGAGCCUGUGCCCUAUGCAGACAGCGAGGCACGCCUGCCUCCCCCCGAGACGCCGCCGUGCACUGCAGAAUCUAUGCUGCCGGCGGGACUGUUGGAAGAGAUCGGGACAGAUUUGCACGAGGGCUCGACAAAGCCACCGAAGUGGACGGCCGGCGGCCGUGAGAGCCAGCCGGUCGAUGUUUCAACGACGGUCAACAUGCUGUCGAGUGUCCUGGGUAAGCAUGCUGCUUUGCACUACGAAGCAGAUGGUCGGAUGAUAUCUGUAACGGGCGGCAACGACUUUAGGGCUGAGAAGAAGCCUCCGGCUGCCCCGUCGUACGCAGCACCGGCACGACUGCCGCCGGUGCCGCCAGGACCACCGGCACCACAGGUGCCGCCAGCCGAGCCGGUCCACCCGGUUCAGCCAGCCUGGCAGGAGAUGAAUUACCCUAUGCAGGACUCACAGCCGGAAGCCUACUAUCAAGGCUACGCCGGAUACUACCCCACCAUGUACGGCCAGUACCAGGAAUCGGUGGAGGAUAUCUACGCCCAGCCGGCCCAGCCGGUUCAAGGAGCUUGGGCAGACACCACGUCGGCAGGGGCACUAGCGCAGUGCACGCCGGGAAGGUUCUGUGUUUUCUGUGGCAAGCCCAAGCACAGCCUCACGCAGCGCUUCUGCUCACACUGCGGUGAAAUGGUCGUGGCCUGA